AUGGAGUCUUUGUCCUGUUCGAUUUGUGGGAAAUUUAUGUCAGCUUUCGAUAAUUAUGUGAGACACUUGCGUCGUAAUCACGGAGAUAUCGGAGCCCAAACAGCAUCGGCCCUAGUGAAAGAGAGAAAGGAAGCAAGAAUGGCAUUGAAGCAGUACCAGUGCGAUUUGUGUAACUUCAGGGGCUCGUCAAAAGAUGCCGUGAGAAUGCAUAAAGCUAGGAAUCAUAGGCAGGCUCUCGCUCCACUUACAAAUUUAAACGCAGAUGCAACCAGCCAGAAGCAGGGUUUGGCAUGCCCCCAAUGCCUCGCAAAUACUCGCGAUACAAGAAGCCUCAUCGAACAUGCUCGUUUGGAGCAUGAGUUUCAAGGCGACAUUGUGACCAGAGUGUUCGAUAACCAUGCAGACUUCAAGGUGUGCAUUGAGUAA